AUGACUUUCACCGAGAGAGAUCGACUCUUAGAGUCCGCACCCCCGUGGGUGAACUCUGAUGAUCAAACUACCGCAAUGGUGCCAAAUCCUGAUGCUCCCAAUGUCGCGACAAUUGUCCAGCAAGAUUGUCCUGAAACGGCUGAGACUGACACGAGAAACAUACCCGACGAAGAUGGCAAGCCCAAACAUGCGGCACUGGUCAUUUUUUGCAUUUCAUGCAUCACCUUCAUUAGUUCCUAUCUGGGUGGUCUGGUCACGAUCUCUGUGCCUCAGAUGGCCCGAGACUUGAAUCUGGGGCCCGGGAUGGAGUUAUGGCCUGUGUCAAUGUACGCCCUGGCGACGGGUUGUACCCUGCUCAUCUUUGGCGCCAUGUCCGACGCGGUAGGGAGCAGAAAGAUCUUCCUGCUAGGUUGUUUCUUCCAGAGCAUCUUUUGCAUGGCCUGUGGUCUUGCGGUCGAUGGUACACAAUUCAUCACGUUUCGAGUCAUUUCCGGUCUGGCCACAGCCAUGUGUCUCCCGUCUGCCAUGAGCAUCAUCUCCGAGAAUUUUUCUCCGGGAAAGCUGCGCAACCUCGCUUUCUCCUUCAUGGGCGGGGGUCAACCCAUUGGAUUUGGAUUGGGGAUCUUGGUGGGCGGACUCUGCGCCGACACCAUCGGCUGGCGCUGGGGUUUCUUUACCGCCGCCAUCGCCAACACCGUCGCCUCUACGCUGUCCUGCUGGCAGCUGCCACAAGGCAAAGUCACCCGUGUCAAUUGGCAUGGGCUGGUCUAUGGGAUCGACUGGAUCGGCGCCGUGUUCAUCAGCGUGGCCUUGGCUGUCCUUGCCUGGGCAUUAGCUGUCAUCACGGCCAAUGUCCACGACGCUUCCAAACCGUCAACAAUUGCCUGUUUCACCAUCUCCGGAGUUCUUAUUAUCUGCUUCGUCCUUUGGCAAGACUACCAGGAGCGUCAUGACAAACCCACCCUCAUCCGUAACUCCCUUUGGAAAAACCUCUCCUUCACCGCAGUCUGCAUCAACGUCUUCAUCAUCUGGGGUGCCUUUAACGGCCUGGAGCAGAUCCUCAACUUCUUCUUCCAGGACGUGCAGGGGCUCUUCGUCAUCGAAACCUCACUCCACUUCAUCCCCACUCCCAUCACCGGCCUCCUCAGUGCCCUCGCCACGGGCAUGGUCUUGCACUACUUCCGUGCCGAUGCCAUCAUAAACGUCACAACCAUCAUCUCCGCGAUUUCGCCCUUGCUUAUGGCCAUCAUCAACCCUUCGUGGAGCUACUGGCGCUGCGCGUUCAUCGUAGCCUGUCUAAACCCUAUUGCCGCUGAUGCUCUCUUCACCGUCUCCAACAUUCUCAUCGCGGAUCUUUUCCCGCCCGAGACUCAAGGUCUGGCAGGCGGCGUGUUUAACACCGUCUCUCAGGUUGGCAAGAGUUUCGGCUUAACCUUUGUCGAGCUGAUUUCCAAUGUGGUCAGUGACGCCAAGGUCGACCCGCGCCACAGAUAUGAGCCCGAGGGCUUGAUGGUCGGCUACCGAGCCACAUUCUGGUUCUUGCUGGCGGUCAAUGUGAUCAGCCUGAUCGUGGGAGCUAUAGGGCUCAGGAGGGUGGGUAAAGUCGGCAAGGCAAACUCGCAGUGA